GCAAGUGGAGUACGGGAUGAGAGGAGAGACAGCAAAAUAUCUCGGUUGUUCUGUAGCAACUGCAAACGACAGACAGAUCGAGAUUUAAUACACACUUUGUAGCAUAGAUUGAUUUACAAACCAUAAGCCCCAAACCUGCUGUAUGUAGACGGGAUUUCCUGGUUAUACGUGAAGUGAGAUUUGGAAGUACGCGGCCACAGAAGCCAAAUUUUAUGUGUGAAGUGCUAACUGUUAGCUGACAGGCUACAUAGCAUAGCCAUUGAUGCAAUGGCGUUGAAAAGAAUUCAGAAGGAGCUGUCAGACCUGCAGAGGGACCCACCAGCUCAGUGCUCUGCUGGACCAGUUGGAGAUGACUUGUUUCAUUGGCAGGCAACAAUAAUGGGACCGAGUGACAGCCCAUAUCAGAGCGGAGUGUUUUUCCUCACCAUUCACUUCCCGACAGAUUACCCCUUCAAACCACCAAAAGUUGCAUUCACAACAAAAAUAUACCACCCUAAUAUCAACAGCAAUGGAAGUAUUUGUUUGGAUAUACUGAGAUCACAAUGGUCACCUGCACUUACAGUAUCAAAAGUAUUAUUGUCUAUCUGCUCUCUUCUUUGUGAUCCAAACCCGGAUGACCCACUGGUACCAGAGAUUGCUCAUACAUACAAGGCUGACAGGGAAAAAUACAACAAAUCAGCAAGAGAAUGGACACAGAAGUAUGCAAUGUGAGAAUACCAGGGAGAUCAAAAUACAAAUGAGAACAAAAGAAACACGUUUGAUUUGUAACUUGAGGCAAAUGAGCAACAGAGGCGAAAAAAAACUAGGCAACAGCCCAUCUUUUGGUGCAGGAAGCGAUACAAUGAGGUACAGUGCCACCUGGCUUUCCAUGUGCUGAGCUGCUACCAUGUGCUGUCCUUCAUGACUUGUAUGGAUCUGCUGAGCAGGACCUGAUGGGCUCCUUAAAGCACUCCCAUAUGGAAUACCGGAAACUCUUCACAGUCCAUACCGCCACACUCAGACUUUAAACUGUUACUCCUGCUAUCGUGAUUAUCACUAUCAUUGUUGCUAUUCAUACGCACCAUUUUCACCGUCAAUGACUCAUAUCGUUGUGCUACUCAGAAGCAAAAUGUUUGAUUUAUUUAGGAGGUCGGCUCUCCCUUCAUUUCAGAGGUACUGUCUAUGUCCCACUGGAUGUCUUGUUAUUACUGUAUUUCCAUGUAUUUAGUGGCCUUUCUGUGUUAUUAUUUUCGGUAUACGUGCAAUUGAGGCAGAAUGUUCCCUGUUCAACACAAAAUGGUGCGGUGCCAUUACCAGCAGCUGAUCUGUUGGCACAUACUGUCUCUACCCCGAAACAAUGUGAAAGAUGCAAAGAAGGAUUGGUCUCUUAUCACCCACUGCAUUUUGAAAUUGCAACAGUAUUAAGUGGUUUUAAGGACACUGGAAAGCUGCUGUUAAGAGAUAGCUGGCCCUUGUUUCACUGUUGUGGGGCUGUAUAGGGCAAAUGUCAACUUCCAUUUUUCUCACACAUGCUGUCAUUGUAUAAGUAACCACCCUUGGCUGGUGUCCAUAGUGCACAAAAUACUACUGUUGUUUGACUGAAUACUUGUUGUGUAGCUGUGAUCAUGGCUACUCUUAUAUAUGGCAUAUAGCUGAGCUGUGUGCCACCUCCUCAGUACAGUUACUCAGGUAUCUAACCAAAUCAUCAGCCUUUUACCUGCAGUGACACAUGGUGAGAAAAAUAACCAGGUCCCAUAUCAUCAGGCCUCAAAAAGAUGUACUGAUCUUAGUUCACUGGUUCAUAUAAAUGAAAACGCUCGUGCUUUAUGAAGAGAUUAAAUGAUCAAAGACUGAGCGGCACUCCUGAAGUUCUUUAUGCAUAUAGGUCCUAACGGUCUGUGUUGCACAAAAAUAUGCUGUUGCAGAAGUACUGUCAUUUUGUCAAAGAGAGGGUUUUUUUAAUUAGCCCUCUCGGGUUGUUUUCAUCACCAUCUCCAUUUAUUUUUGAACAACACUUGGAUGUGAACAGCUUUUAAAUGACGCUGUUUAACAUGUACACGCUACUGUCUCUCUAAAACAAAAUGGCCUUUGGUUACAGCUGGUGUCACUUAUACUCAAAAUGGGAAUUUAACAGACUUGACAUUUCUCAGAAUCCAUUAAUUUCAAGUUAUGUGCAUCUUGUUAUUUGAGGUGAAUAAAUACAGUUGCCAUGACGAUUUUCAUCUGCUUUAAAUAUAAAGUGAUGUGGAGUAUGUUGGCAUUUGUUUAUGUUAAUAUUUGAGUCUGCAAAGGUUUGGUUUGUUAUGAGAUUAUUAAUCCACACUGACAGUAAAGCAGUUUGUCUCGGUGAUGCGUUUGUGACCUUUUGUAUUGUAUCUUUGAAAACUUUAGUGAUAGGCAACUUUUUCGUUCAUGUCACCAGAAUUGAACAAGAUUGUGAUGUGUCAUAAUGUAAUAUUGGUUUUAAUAUAAUCCAUUGUGACUGUUGGAUAAAAUAGUUAGGAAAUGCUAUGAUUUUUUUUUCUUUCUAGACAUGGCUCAUAAUGUGCUGAUGCUGCCAAUAUAAAGGGAAUUAUUUGAUAUUAUAAAGGGGAAGAAAUUUAGCUCUUGAGGCAUUAUUGGGUGGAUUCAUUCAGACAGGUCUAAACAUACUAAAGCAUGAACAUUUUAGAGGCUUUGAUUGUAGAAUAAACACCAUGGUUUAGGCGUCAAAUAUAGACAAUUAUUCUUAGCUGCUGUAGAGAAAAUUAAAAAAAUCUAAACAAGUCAUCCUGAAACACAGUAUACACUAAAAGGUUUAAAAAAUAUAUCUUCUAAAAGCAGUGAAAGUCCUUGCUGCCAGACCACAAUUGAAAAUGACUUGUGUGUUAAUAGUACUAGUUCAAACUUUGUGUGCAUUGUUGUUUGUUCAUCUGGCUAUUUAUUUAUUUGAAAGCAGAGUAUCUUCCAACUGUAUGAUUGAAUGCAGCCUCAAUUCAUCAUGUGAGUCCUUUGUCCAGUGUGCUCAAUAGAGUUUAUAUAGGCAGCUUGGCAUGCUUUGCACUCUGGAGAACCUUCUCACAGCCAUUUGCCAGAUAUCAGGGAUUUCGUUACAAUUCAUCCGCCUAACACCUCCGACUAAAAUUUUAGCCUUAACCCUCAUUGUGUAAAUAUAUAGAGAGAACAUUAAUUUGUCAUAAACUGUAAAUUUGCUAUCAGGGCUGUAUCCCCCAAAUGGGUGAUUCAUUUCAUCACUAGAUAUGGAAACCUGCUUUAACAGUACCAAUAUUUUUGUUGGAUAUUUUCAGCCUGGCUUUCUCUGAAUGCAGGACCAGCCUUCAUGCAUCUUAAAAAUUUGGAAUAUGUGUGCUUGAAAUGCCACCACGAACGUCCACUUGUCCUCACAUAGCCUACACAAGAUAACUAUUGACCUUGUCAUAACAUAUGAAUAAAGCUCAUCUUGGUUUAC